AGAUAUGGGUAGACUACUAUUAGUAGUUGUAUCGUUGGUUGUAGUCUGGCAGAACUCAAAUUCAUCACCUAUUUGCAAAUCUUGCACGAAAAACUGCUAUCACAACGACACCGUCAGCUCUGGAAAUUGGACCGAAACGAACCUUAUAGACGACAUAGAGACGUUGCACAGACGAAAGAGAGAAGCGGAUGUGGAGUUCCGUGCGUGCACACGCUUCCAGAUUGAGAUAUUGCUCAUUCCAAUGUCGAUUGCAAUGAUCCCCAUCAUUCUAUGCUCACUGAUUUUAUGCACCUGCUGCUGCGGACCGAAAGACUCUAGAGGAAAGCUACCGGACGAUUUUCUCUCUUCUUUCAAAAUGUCAAAGAAGCGGAGCCAAAUGAACUCGGAAGACAUGGAACUGGAAUUUCGCGACGGCUACGUGCAGCGGAAAGACUCGGCGAAGACCAAAUUUUCAACAGUCGUAUCGUACAUCGAAGCGAGAAGAGAAAGCCUCUGGUCGCUACGAACCGAGAGCGAACCAUCGACGUCGGCUGCGGUGAAGGAAGAGAAGGCGCAGGAGAAACCAGCAGCAGAGGAGAAACAGCCGGAGCCGCCGGCGCCGAAAAAGUCCGAGCAGCUGCAGAAGACGCCGUCGGUGGAGUCGAUGAAGCGCACCAGAUUCAGCGACACGGUUUCGGUGAUAAGCGUCGAUUCGCUGAGCCGACGAUGAACGCUGGGGAACGGGAGCGAAGCUUCCGUCAAACGAGUUCGCUGAAAGCAUACUUUCACACAAAUUAACACUGAAUAACGAAUCCGCAGCGGGAAUUCGCAGCAAUCGCAGACGGGCUGCGCUUUACGAUCGCUGCGAACUCUACGGACCGUAGGCACUCACACACGAUAGAGAGACUGCUGUGACAAACCGACCGUCUAUAUUAGAUGGAUGUCAUGGUGCAUUGCUGUAGUAACCGCGCUACAAGCGUCCUUCACUUCGAGGGUACACAGAGGGUAGAUGCCAUCGUCGCCGACAUGCGCGCAGCGGCGCUCUGCGAGCCCCGCUGCGCUCAGCUUUGGUACUGUUUGUAAAUAUGUUUCAUGUUCCCAUCACAGCCAUCGCCAAACGUGUUACUUUU